AACUUGUUGGAGAGCUGCCUAUUUUCAUAGCGUCGUAUUUGUAGCCAGGUAUCUAUUGGUAAUAGAUAAACUUGUAUUCAUUUGGUUAAAUAAAUAUUUGAUAAUUAGUUUUUAUACAUUACAUUUGCUGCAAAAUCAUGUAGACAAAACAUGGGAUAUGUGGUGCGGAGUUUGAAACAGAGACGGCAGCAGAGAUUCUGGUGACUGGUACCUGUACUAAAUACAUACCUGGGCUCGAGCUCCAACCAACACAGCAGUGGAAUGACGUAACUGUUGCCUUAGCAACCGAUUAGGCGUCACCACCGUGCUCUGCAGAUUCAUGAGUGCGUUUCUCUGAACGGAGGCUACUCCGUCCCGUCAGGAGAGAGACAUAAACAGCGUCCAUUCAGCGCCAUGGGGACCACAUCAUGAAGGGAAAUAAGCCAGAUGUGUUUUUCCGUCCGAGUGAUUUGGAGUAACUCUGGAGCUGGACGCGCAGACCUGAAGAACAUUACUGUUCCUGGAGCUGUUGUCGUUUACAUUACCGAGCAGCUGCAGCCAACAUGGCUGAGGAUGACAGCGAGUGGGUGAUUGAGAGCAUCGUAGGCUACCUAGGAAGCCCGGAGUGGGUCAUACCUGUCACGGACUUUAUGGAACACAGAUGCACAGUUUUUGAUGACGAGGAUGAAAAUAAGUUGUCAUACACAGAUAUCCACGCGCAGUAUAAAAAACUGGUGGAGAAGCUGUUAGAUAAUUACAUGCAGGAGGUAGGCAUCAACGAGCAACAGUUUCUGGAGGCAUGCACCUCUCCUUUUGCCAAGUCAAAAACACUGCAGUCUGUGUUUCAGCCAGUCUUGGCAACAGACGACUUCCAGAUGUUUCGCUCACUGAUGGUCCAGAAGAACAUGGAGCUGCAGCUUCAAGCCCUCAGGGUCAUUAAAGAAAGAAAUGGGGCACUCCCGGAGUGUCUGACUGACGGCGUGGAUGUGAUGGCAGAGUUGCAGGAGCAAGAGAUGAAAAUCCUGCAAGAGGUUCUCAAAAAGUCAAAAGAGGAGUAUGAUGAGGAAAUGUCCAGGAGGAUGCGAUUAGGGGAAGAGGUUGGUUCCACUUCCAGCAGCUGCUCUGAUAAGCCAGUGGUAGAGAGCAGGGAAGCCCAUAAUGCCACGUCUGCUCCCAGCCAACAGGGCAACACUGCCAAGACCAAAACCAAGGGGGCCGGUGACACCAGCGGCAGUAAUGGUCACCACCUUCCACUGGUGAAUGGACACGCUGAAUCGAACCCGGUCAACAGCAAACCUUCAAAAAAAGAAGAUAGCAAGACCGUUGCCACAGGAAGUGCAGCUAAAAGCAGCUCCACACCUAAACCCAAGCCAGACAGUGGCAGUAACGGUGUGGAGUCCAGAGUCCUCCCAGCAGUCAGAGCUGCAGUGAAGCCCUCUGAACCCUCAGUCAGCCUCAAUCCUGAGUCCAAGCAGCAGAGCAGCAGCAGCCAGAAUGCAGCCGAGGCAUACCUGGAGGAGGCGCACAGAGAGGCUGGCUUCUCUAAGCCAUACACUGAGUUGACGGCGUCUCAGCAGGAGGAGCUCCAGCAGAGGGCGACAUAUCUCCGUCAGCAGCGAGACAAGCUGCAUGCACUGAAGAAAGAACAGCAGAAAAGCAAGCAGACGACCACACCAGAGGAGUUACCAGCCACCACAACCACAACUACCACAACCAGCAGCACAACCCCGGAGAUAUCUGCAGAGGAGAAGAAGAAGCUGCAGAAGAGAAAACAUCUGGCUGACAAGCUGAAGGAGGAAGUAAUCAAGAAGUAACUUCCUUCUUAUACUGCAAUAUUCUGACUUCUAUCCCAUCUGUGUACUCUGUCAGUCAGACAUAAGACUUCCUUUACACAGCCUCCUUCAGCCAGAUAAUUCACCUUUCAGUGGAGGGGUUUCCAAAGAUACAUAACUAGUAUGAGGUCUUCCUUCAUCAGCGUUCUUUUCAGUGCUGUCUAUAGAGGAAGAAGGUGCAUCUUUUUUUUUUUUUUUUUUCAGAUGUACCAGUUCAGUAUGCGUCAGUCUUCGCUAACAAGAGACCAUUCAAGUAUUUGUAAGACCUUUUAGCCAGUCACAUAUGUUUGACCGAGCAAGAUAUGAAAAUAUCAGGCAAACUGAGAAGCACAAGGACGAGGCAGUCAAACAGCAGGCUAUGUUGAAUGCCUGGAAGAAGUCCCUGAAUGGUUAAUAAUGGUCUAAAAAAAUCUUACAUUUCAGAGCUUCACUAUUCAUAGAUAUGUAAAUGAUUAUUAUGCAACACUACACUGGUCAGUAUGACUCAUUAUCUAUUUUUCUGCUCACUAUAGAUUGAGCCAUAAUGUAGAGAACAGUGGAGGAGUGAUUAUGGACACAUCUCAAAGCUACAUUCAAAAAAACAUACAGACUUAAUGUUAGGCACAGCUGGUCUGGCUUUGUAUCAGUGAGUUAAGGGUUAAUGUUGAGAUGAGGUAACAUUUGCUAACACAAGUGUAAAGUCUUAUUUACGUUGGGUGGAACAUCAUAAGGCUGAUAACAUGACAGCAGAGCUAUGUUGAGGUUGGACAGAUGAUGAUAACUAUGUGUUCAUAAAGGGGCCAAGAGAACAGUGUGUCGCUUUCUAUAAUGAACGCAGUAUUUCCUGUAUGCUGUUUAAUAAAUCACAUUUUAUAGAAACGA